CCAAGUCGCCGGCGGUUGAGGCACCGAGACCGAACCACGGGUAGAAUCAGAGACAGAGAGCUCGAUGCGGGAGGGAGUGGAGCUUCGAGUCUGCGGCCGGCCGUAGUGAGGUAAAUCAUCAAUGGCGGUCUUGUUCUCAGGCGCAGGUAGGGGAGGGAAACGCAGUUUGAAACGCUUCUAUCUUCUCCAUCGCCUACUGCUGGUUGUGCUAUGGAUGAAAUCAAUUGUGCCUCUUCCUACGAACAAUCAUGAUCGACUAGUUGCUGCUAAGGCGACGGGAGGACGGCGAAGUCGUGCCGGUGAGGAAGACGAGGACGAUCGGGUGCUGUUACGGUUAAUAGAGGAGGACGAUAGCAGACUGGCGAGGGGAGACUUUCGGUGACGCUGUCUUUGUUCAAAGUGCUGCCGCACCGGGAAGUUUCCGAUCGUCUAGCCGAUUUGCCAAGGGGAGCAGCUGCAAUUCAGUCUCACGCGCAAGGGAGAGGGAAAAGCAGGUUUGAAAUUCGGGUCGGGUUGGAGCAUAGGGCUUCUUUUCGGGUCUGGGCCAGGUCGGUGGCCCGGGUCCCUGACAAAAAAAAGAAGGAAGGGUUACAACUUACAAGUUGCAAAGCUACCAUCCUAGUGACAGCAUCUGAAGGAAUAAAAGCUUCUAGUUCUAACUGUUAAGUGUUAACAUUUAAAUCAUCUCUUAAAGAGGGAAGAACAAAAGCGUUGAAGCUGCUGCGAGGAGUGAUGGCGAAUUUCAUACUGGGCUGACUCAAAGCUUCUGUUAGUGUCGUGAGCAUUUGAUCGGUACAUUUGUUUGUUUGUUUGGAAUUUUAACUGGAAUCCUCCCCAAGUUAGAAUUUGUUUUUGCAAAGGUUCAGAGUAGUGCUUCAAGCUUGUUUGACACCCCUAUCUGCCCUUGCCGCGCUGCCACUGUUUAUAAAAGAAGUGGCAUAAUAUUAGUAUUAAGUGAAAUAAGAGAGUGCCCCAAGAGACUAGGUUCCAUACUACAAAGAAGAAGCUCACUCAAAAUGACAAGGCAUUUGGCUUCCUACAUGUUGCGUUCUGCUUCAGCGUGUACAAGUAGGAUUAGACAUCCAUUUGCUGCUGCUUCUUUCUGCACUGAUACUUCAACUUCGAGCUCCAGGGUCAAGAUCUUUGACCGCCAACUCAAGCGUAAACAGCGAGACCGAGCUGCAUGGUUGAUGCCCUCAAAUUCUGACGACCCUUUCCUUAAUACUGUUGCUCAUAAUCUCCUCGAUCGCUUGCAAGAUUGUAAGAAGACCUUCCCUACUGCAUUGUGUUUGGGAGGCUCCUUGCUACCAGUCACCCGCUCGCUCUACACCCAGCGUACCAUAGAAAAGCUUAUUGUUAUGGAUGCAUCCUAUGAAAUGGUACAGCUGUGUAAAAAUGCUGAGGAUGCCUCUAACAAUGAUAACAUUGAGACAUUGUAUGUGGUUGCUGAUGAAGAAUUUUUGCCAAUCAAAGAAAGCUCUGUGGAUUUGGUUAUUAGCUGUUUGGGACUACACUGGACAAAUGAUCUGCCAGGAGCAAUGAUACAGUCUAGAUUGGCGCUGAAACCUGAUGGCCUAUUUUUAGCAGCUAUUCUUGGUGGAGAAACCUUAAAGGAACUAAGAAUAGCUUGUACUGUAGCACAAAUGGAGCGUGAAGGAGGGAUCAGUCCCAGAGUAUCACCAUUGGCUCAGGUUCGAGAUGCUGGAAAUCUUUUGACAAGGGCGGGUUUCACCCUUCCUGGUGUUGAUGUUGAUGAAUAUACAGUUAAAUAUGAAAGUGCCUUGGAGCUUAUAGAACAUUUACGAGCAAUGGGUGAAACGAACUCUCUUUUUCAAAUGAAUACUAUCUUAAAGAGGGACACUGCCUUAGCAACUGCAGCUAUUUAUGAUUCAAUGUUUGCUGAAGAAGAUGGCACAGUACCUGCAACCUUCCAGGUGAUUUACAUGACGGGGUGGAGGGAACAUCCUUCUCAACAGAAAGCAAAAACAAGGGGAUCAGCCACUAUAUCUUUUAAGGAUAUUCAGAAGCAAUUUGGAAACCAUAGUUGAGUAUGUGCUGUAUACCAUUGUCAUACAGUGAAAUAAAGGGGAAUAUAUUAUUUUAUUAUUCCAAAUAAUGAGGCAUGAAGUGUGACAUUCUAUAUAGAUCAUGGCCACAUUACGAAAUGGAUCAUCUACUUUGAUUUUUAAGUGACAUUAUAAAUACUCAUCAUUCAAACA